ACUGUCAUCUCCACUGCGCCCCCAGUGGACACAUUAGGAAUGGCAGUUACUUUUUUGCUGUUUAUGUCUUCUGUGUAUUUUUUGCACUUUGGACCGGACCUUUGGUCAGCUGUAUGUUUGGACUGGACCCUUUGGUCAGCUGUUUGGACUGGACCCUUUGGCCGGCCGGUUUUGCCCCCUGGUCUGUCUAGUGAGCUAGCUGCUGUAGAAUUUCCAGGAUUUAGUUUUUCAUGUUUUUGUGAGACACAAACUUGCGCAUUUUAUGUUUCUCCGUAUUUAGAGUUAAUCUCCGGGUGUCUCUGUGUAAGAAGUGUGUUUAAUGUCACUUUAAUCUAAGACUCUAAGUGUUUAUACACAUAUAUAAAGUGGUUAUAAAUACAUAGCGGUGUUUACAGUAGAUGUUCUGAAGCCUUUAGCCGCUAGCCCUCAGUGGGGGAUGGACUACAUGUCCCGUGACUGCUGAGACCGGAAGUGUCUGUGUGACGUCACGGCGGUGAGGGUUUCCUCGGCACACAGAGCUCAUUGAGCUGUGCAGUGGAGCCGCGCGCACACACACACACACACACACACACACACACACACAGUGUAUCAGGCGGAAGGUGGCUCCAGGUCCGCGGCUCAUAUAUAAAGUUUCCUCCAGAGUUCAGAUAUUGAUUGACAGGUGGGCGGGAGCAGGGUGGAGCUUUGGCAGGAUGAGUGGGGUGGCCCUGGGCGUGGACGUGUUAGUGGCCUUGGUGUUGGCGCUGGUGCUGCUGCAUCGCUAUGGCGACGUGCGGAAACAGCAGCGUGUGGUUCUGCUGGCCACGCUCCUCGCCUGGUUCCUCUGCUUCCUCAUCGCUUUCACCAUCCCACUCGACGUCAGCACGACCAUUUAUAAUCAGUGUGUGGCUGAUAACAACCAAGUGGUAUCUACAACAGCAAGUCACUCCAACCAGACGUCCAACAUGUCAGUGUUUCCCACUCAGAGGUUAACUAAGGUGUGUCACAAGCCAUGGAGUUACAUUCCAGAUGGGAUCUUGCCAGUGUUUUGGAGAGUGGUGUACUGGACAUCUCAGUUCCUCACAUGGCUCCUGAUCCCGUUCAUGCAGUCGUACGCUCGUUCCGGAGGAUUUUCCAUCUCUGGGAAGAUAAAAACCGCUCUGAUUGAGAAUGCCAUCUACUACGGCACCUACCUCUUCAUCUUCUGCUCUCUGCUCAUCUAUGUGGCCAUCAGUCCACAGUGGCACCUCUCAUGGUAUGAUCUGAGGACCAUCGGCAUCACAGCAGCAAACACCUGGGGGUUAUUCCUGCUGGUGUUGUUGCUAGGAUACGGCCUGGUGGAAAUCCCACGCUCCUAUUGGCUGGCGUCCUGUCAUGGACACCUCCUGUCCAAAACCUACUUCAAAGCAGGAAAACUGAUGACGGAGAAAACUGACGCAGAGGAGAACCUGGAGGACGUGAUGGAGGACGUCAGAGCUGUUAAUGAGUCGAUCAAAUACAACCAUCCUCUGAGGAAGUGCAUCGACACCAUACUGAAGAAGUGUCCUGUAGAAUAUCAGGAGAAAAUGGGGAGGAACAUGGAUGAUUAUGAAGACUUUGAUGAUAAGAGGAAUCCAUAUCUGAGCAAGAAGAGCCUGGUUAAACUCCAUAAACAGGUGAUCUAUGCAGUGCAGAGACAAAACCGCACUCAGGUACAGUGGCAGAUCUUAUUAGACGAAGCGUUUCACCUGGAAGAUGUGGCUAAUAAUGAGAUUAGCUCCGCCCACCAAUUCCUUCACAGCCAGCCCUCCAACCAAUCAAGCAGCUGCUUCAGGACGUACAUCUACACACCUGCUGUAGAGUGGUACUGGGAGUGUGUGUUGAGGAGGUGGUGUUACCGUGUACUGACCGUGGUGUUGUCCAUGUUGUCGGUGUUGGUGGUGUGGUCAGAGUGUACGUUCUUCAGCACACAGCCGGUCCUGUCAGUGUUCGCCAUCUUCAUCCAGAUCUCUGAGAGGAAAUAUAACUACAUCUACAUCGAGGUGGCGUGUUUCAUCACCAUCUUGUACCUGUGUUACUGCGUUUACUCCACUGUGUUCCGCAUCAGAGUCUUUAAUUAUUAUUAUCUAGCACCACAUCACCAGACUGAUGCCUACAGCCUGCAGUUCAGUGGCAUGUUGUUUUGUCGUCUGACUCCACCAUUGUGUUUGAAUUUUCUGGGUGUUAUUCAUAUGGACUCCACCAUCUCACACCAGGAUAGACAACAGACUUCAUACACAUCAAUCAUGGGCUCCAUGCAGGUUUUGUCGUUCAUUGCGAAUGGAUUUUAUAUUUAUUACCCCAUGCUCAUCGUGCUGCUCUGCAUCGCCACCUACUUCAGUUUGGGAACAAGGUGUUUGAAUCUGUUGGGUUUUCAGCAGUUCAUGGGUGACAGUGAUUUGACCUCUGACCUUGUGGAUGAAGGGAAAGAACUCAUUCGCAGAGAGAGGAGAAAGAGGCAGAGAACAGAGGAUGCAGAGAACAGAAGGAGGGAGUGGAGGGAGAAGUACGUGCCCAGGAGUCGGAGCUCCUACUCAGAGAUCAGAGAGAAUGACAGUCCCAGCAGACAAGGUCAGUGUGAUCGGACUGAACUCCUACAGGAUGUUGAGCCGCUGGAUUUUUAUGGAGAUGAUACACAGGAAGUGGAGAACAGGAGGUAUGGUUAUCUCUCCACUUCUGUGCCUCGGACUCACAUCUUUGACGACGUGUGAUAAAAAGCAAGAGAUGAUUGAUGAGAAAUAGGGAGACACCAAUAUUGCACUACUUCACUUUCUGAAGAGAAAUUGUGUGUGUGUGUGUGUGUGUGUGUGUGUGUGUGUUGCGGGGGGGCGGGGGGGGGGUCUCACAGUGUUAGUCACCAUAGCGACUGUAGUUAAUACAGAAUUAUAAAUAGAGUGAGAAUGUUAAAUAUUUAGCAUGAGUGUGAUCUUCUGUCUGUUUACCUCAGACCCAAAGCUGGGAAUCAACAUGUGUGCUAACUGAGCUAACAGAGUGGUAACAGAGCGCUAACAGAGUGUUAACAGAGCACUAACAGAGUGUUAACAGAGCACUAACAGAGUGUUAACAGAGCACUAACAGAGUGUUAACAGAGCACUAACAGAGUGUUAACAGAGUGCUAACAGAGCACUAACAGAGUGUUAACAGAGCACUAACAGAGUGUUAACAGAGUGCUAACAGAGCGCUAACAGAGUGCUAACAGAGUGUUAACAGAGCACUAACAGAGUGUUAACAGAGUGUUAACAGAGCACUAACAGAGUGUUAACAGAGCACUAACAGAGUGUUAACAGAGUGCUAACAGAGCGCUAACAGAGUGCUAACAGAGUGUUAACAGAGCACUAACAGAGUGUUAACAGAGCACUAACAGAGCGCUAACAGAGUGUUAACAGAGUGCUAACAGAGCGCUAACAGAGUGUUAACAGAGUGCUAACAGAGUGGUAACUGAGCUAACAGAGUGUUAACAGAGCGCUAACAGAGUGUUAACAGAGUGCUAACAGAGUGUUAACAGAACGCUAACAGAGUGUUAACAGAGUGCUAACAGAGCGCUAACAGAGGACUAACAGAGUGUUAACAGAGCGUUAACAGAGCUAACAGAGUGCUAACAGAGUGUUAACAGAGCUAACAGAGUGCUAACAGAGUGUUAACAGAGCGCUAACAGAGCUAACAGAGUGCUAACAGAGUGUUAACAGAGCACUAACAGAGUGCUAACAGAGCGCUAACAGAGUGCUAACAGAGUGUUAACAGAACGCUAACAGAGCGCUAACAGAGUGUUAACAGAGUGCUAACAGAGCGCUAACAGAGGACUAACAGAGUGUUAACAGAGCGUUAACAGAGCUAACAGAGUGCUAACAGAGUGUUAACAGAGCGCUAACAGAGCUAACAGAGUGUUAACAGAGCACUAACAGAGUGCUAACAGAGCGCUAACAGAGUGUUAACAGAGCGCUAACAGAGUGUUAACAGAGCACUAACAGAGUGCUAACAGAGCGCUAACAGAGUGUUAACAGAGCGCUAACAGAGUGCUAACAGAGUGUUAACAGAGCACUAACAGAGUGUUAACAGAGUGCUAACAGAGCGCUAACAGAGUGCUAACAGAGUGUUAACAGAGCACUAACAGAGUGUUAACAGAGCACUAACAGAGUGUUAACAGAGUGUUAACAGAGUGCUAACAGAGUGUUAACAGAGUGUUAACAGAGCGCUAACAGAGUGUUAACAGAGUGUUAACAGAGCGCUAACAGAGUGCUAACAGAGUGUUAACAGAGCACUAACAGAGUGUUAACAGAGUGCUAACAGAGCGCUAACAGAGUGCUAACAGAGUGUUAACAGAGCACUAACAGAGUGUUAACAGAGUGCUAACAGAGCGCUAACAGAGUGCUAACAGAGUGUUAACAGAGCACUAACAGAGUGUUAACAGAGCGCUAACAGAGCACUAACAGAGUGUUAACAGAGCACUAACAGAGUGUUAACAGAGUGCUAACAGAGCGCUAACAGAGUGCUAACAGAGUGUUAACAGAGCACUAACAGAGUGUUAACAGAGCGCUAACAGAGUGCUAACAGAGUGUUAACAGAGCACUAACAGAGUGUUAACAGAGCGCUAACAGAGUGUUAACAGAGUGCUAACAGAGCGCUAACAGAGUGCUAACAGAGUGUUAACAGAGCACUAACAGAGUGUUAACAGAGCGCUAACAGAGUGUUAACAGAGCACUAACAGAGUGUUAACAGAGCACUAACAGAGUGUUAACAGAGCACUAACAGAGUGUUAACAGAGUGCUAACAGAGCGCUAACAGAGUGUUAACAGAGUGCUAACAGAGUGGUAACUGAGCUAACAGAGUGUUAACAGAGUGUUAACAGAGCGCUAACAGAGCACUAACAGAGUGUUAACAGAGCACUAACAGAGUGUUAACAGAGCACUAACAGAGUGUUAACAGAGCACUAACAGAGUGUUAACAGAGUGUUAACAGAGCACUAACAGAGUGUUAACAGAGCACUAACAGAGUGUUAACAGAGUGCUAACAGAGCGCUAACAGAGUGCUAACAGAGUGUUAACAGAGCACUAACAGAGUGUUAACAGAGCACUAACAGAGUGUUAACAGAGCGCUAACAGAGUGUUAACAGAGCGCUAACAGAGUGUUAACAGAGCGCUAACAGAGUGCUAACAGAGUGUUAACAGAGUGUUAACAGAGCACUAACAGAGUGUUAACAGAGUGCUAACAGAGCGCUAACAGAGUGCUAACAGAGUGUUAACAGAGCACUAACAGAGUGUUAACAGAGCACUAACAGAGUGUUAACAGAGUGUUAACAGAGCACUAACAGAGUGUUAACAGAGUGUUAACAGAGCACUAACAGAGUGUUAACAGAGUGCUAACAGAGCGCUAACAGAGUGCUAACAGAGUGUUAACAGAGCACUAACAGAGUGUUAACAGAGCACUAACAGAGUGUUAACAGAGCACUAACAGAGUGUUAACAGAGCACUAACAGAGUGUUAACAGAGCACUAACAGAGUGUUAACAGAGUGUUAACAGAGCACUAACAGAGUGUUAACAGAGUGCUAACAGAGUGUUAACAGAGCACUAACAGAGUGUUAACAGAGUGUUAACAGAGUGUUAACAGAGUGCUAACAGAGCGCUAACAGAGUGCUAACAGAGUGUUAACAGAGCACUAACAGAGUGUUAACAGAGCACUAACAGAGUGUUAACAGAGUGUUAACAGAGCACUAACAGAGUGUUAACAGAGUGUUAACAGAGCACUAACAGAGUGUUAACAGAGUGCUAACAGAGCGCUAACAGAGUGCUAACAGAGUGUUAACAGAGCACUAACAGAGUGUUAACAGAGCACUAACAGAGUGUUAACAGAGUGUUAACAGAGCACUAACAGAGUGUUAACAGAGCACUAACAGAGUGUUAACAGAGCACUAACAGAGUGUUAACAGAGUGUUAACAGAGCACUAACAGAGUGUUAACAGAGUGUUAACAGAGCACUAACAGAGUGCUAACAGAGUGUUAACAGAGCACUAACAGAGUGUUAACAGAGUGCUAACAGAGCACUAACAGAGCGCUAACAGAGUGUUAACAGAGCACUAACAGAGUGUUAACAGAGCACUAACAGAGUGUUAACAGAGCACUAACAGAGUGUUAACAGAGUGUUAACAGAGCGCUAACAGAGCGCUAACAGAACGCUCAUUACCUGUUGUGAAAAACGUGUAAUGAACACUACGGUGAAUGUGACUCUCUGUGGUUUAUUUAUACACUGUGACUUUAAACCCAGGAUCAAUGACAUGGAGGAUCCUUCCUUUGUUUUGUGAACUUUGACCUUUUCAGCCAGUCCAGGUAUCUCUGUGUAAAAGGGAAGUGUGAUGUCAUGAAGCUGACCUCAGUGCUGCUGCUCGUGUGUGUAUAUCGUUACGGAUAUGAACACUAGCUCCUAGUCCAGCAGAGACUGUUCCCUGAUGUCCAGAUGGAAACUGACCAACACACACUCAGUGUCUCUGUCCACAGCAACAUGGCCUGACUUUACACUUCCUGUUCAGCUCUUUGUCUCCUUCACACAAGACUGGUUAUUUUUGUUCUCAUUGGGUUUUUGUCUGUCUGUUUUUGUCAGCAAGUUUUUGCUGUUUUUGCACUUUUGGAAGACAGAUGUUAAUAAACAGAUGUUUCAGAUG